UUUACCUUCGACAACAGUGUUUGCGACACAGUGAAUGAAACAGCAACAAAUGUGACACCAUAGACGAUUGAAUGAAGCAACUAGCCUCACAUCAGGGUAGUGCGUGAAAUGUUCUUCGAUAUGGCCGUGAAAUUAUAUUUAACUGACGCGAGAGUAGGAUGCCGAAACAAAAGAAUAUUGGUUACUGCUGCACGUAGUAAUCGUCUUCGUGCAAAAUGUUGAAUAUUACAACUGAGAAAAACGCAUAGCAGAUUAUGAAGUCACUAUUAAACACUAGAAAUGAAAGUUUUGAGUUAUUUGAAUACGUAGUCCCUUAUAUUUGCCCUCAGCUGUGAAAACGAAAUGCAUUUUUCUGUUCUAAGUAAAUUACCACGUGCAACAUUUUGUAGCGGCUCUCAUAAAAUGAAAUAAAACGGUGAUACUAUUUCGUUACCACAAUGGAAAAUUCAGAUAAAUUCGGUAUUGUAAUGGAAAAACCAAAGACAGAGCCUCCUAAUAACGAUACCUUAAAUUACGAUUCAGAUUUGUCCCCACAUUGUCACACUGUCGUCUCAGAGCUGCUAGAUUUAACAAAAUGUGAUAGGUUAGAUGGUUCUGGUGUAUGUGAUACGCGAACAGAUUCUUCAGCAAAUUGGUCACCUCCAGAAAGCAUUUUGCGUCAGGCAUUAAUGUCAUUUGCCACAGCAGAGGAGAAAACUAUGCCGUGUUAUGAACACGGAAAAGACGACUUAAAAGACACAGAUGAAAUAUUUCAUGUGGAGGAUCUUAAAAUAUUUCCCCCUAAUUUCUUUAAUGAUAAUAUGGUGGCAAAGGCGCAUCAGCUUGAUUCUCAGCAAUUUACAUUCUUCCCGUCAGAAACCAACCCUCUGCUUCCUGAUACACUUUCUGCCGUUUCCCAAGUGUGUCCUCUGAACAACAGUACAUUUAUUGCAGCUCCACCUUUUGUGCCAUCAUCGUCAGUUGCUAGUCUUUCAGACUCAAGUCAGUUAUCAUUUGUCACUUCAGUUGCUCAGCAUACUGCUCCAACACAAAAUACAUCACACUUUUCCGUAACCUCUUCGUCCUUGUCCAACAAAUGUGAUGGAUCCUUGUGUGAUAUGGCACUGCCAUCUGCAAACACCUUUGUACCCAAGCAGGACACAUUUCCAUCAUCAAAAGAUGUUACUAUGGAUGCUGCUUUCUCAGCAGUGCCAAAGACUGAGAACAACCUAACCAUUGAUGACUCUGUUCCAUUACCCUUAUUGUCAAAUUUGAAAUCAAGUUUAUCACAAGAUAUUCCAGAAAAUCAUCCCAAUCCUUCAAAUCUUGAUAGGGAUGUUCUGACAACAGCUUUGUCUUCCUCUGCUGCCUUUGAUUCUGUCAGUGAUGAUGAAGAUGUACCUAAAUUCCUUGAUUCUGGAGUAUCUGAUGUGUGUGAGACUGAAAAUGGUAUAAAGAUUGACAUAAAAUCAGAUGAUUCAUCUGAUUUUAGCCACAAUUCAUUGAUGCCAUUACCAGAUACCAGGCACAAAAAUUCUGUCAGUCAAAGCACACUGUUGCCUAUGUCAAGUAACAUAAUCUUGAACAAAAAUGAGCAUUCCACAACAUCUGUUGAACAGAUUAUUUCAAUUCCUAACACGGUAUGUGGCAGUGAAUUGAACAUUCCACUUUCAGUUCCUGUCUCCUCUGACACAGUACACGUAUGUAAUUCAGUAAUUAGUGGAGAAUCUGGACAAGUAACUUCUGUAAGAGAUCCUCGCUUAGGACAAACACCAUCUUGGCAAAACCAUGGAAUAUCUAUGGCUACAUUAAGUUCAGCUCGUGACAGAAUGCUUACAGAAUGCUCAGUGUUUGGACCAAAUACAGCUGCCACAAAUAUUUCUGGCAUCAAUGUUACAGCUAUGAUGCAAGCUACAGGUGCUGUUCAAUUGUCAGACACGUCUGCACAGUCACUUGAUAUUUCUGCACAGUCCUCACAGUCUUCCGCACCUGAUCAAGUUACAUCUGUAGUCACCAGUUUCUCAGCUUUGGACUCGUCUUAUGCUGUGCAGUCUCCUGCAGAAAUUCUAUCUCAGCUGUCUAGAGCUGGUGCUUUCCCUGCGAUGACAAGUAGUCAGGUGUCGUCUGUGCUGUCAGCUCUGAAUUCAGAAUUUAAUCAUGAUUCUGAAACUGAUACUGGUCCACAAGAUGAGCUUAGUAAUGAACAGGUAUUGCAAGCACCGGUCAGUGUGGAAAAAGUUUCAACAACAACUCAGACUGAAGAUGUAAGUUUCACUGGUAAUAUAUGCCAAGAAAGCAAAAAGACGACAGAGGUGCACUCCCCCACAAUAGCCAGUGAUCAUCCAGAGAACACCACCAGUCAUUCAGGCAAAAGUAUUAAAAAACCAGAAGUUAAAGAUGGACCAAUGGCAGUCAGUACCAAAGAAAUGCCACCACUUGUGAAUCGCAUUCCAUUGUACACAAAAAUUGUAGCUAUUAUCUUGAAAACAACACAGGCUGAAGUUACAAAGACAGCAAUUCCAGUGGAUAACACAAAUACAAAAAAGAGUACUGAUAGUUCAUCUGUGGUUUCUGCUAAUCCAACAGACAUUGCCCACAAGAAAGAAGAAAAUAUAUCACCUCCAGCUUCCAUUACUAAGCAGGAAACUGUUAGUGUUAAGCCAAAAAGCAAAUUGUUGAAUGAAGAAAAACCAAGUAAUGCAAAACUGAGCUCAAAAUUAAAAAAGAAGAAGCCGAAAAACAAUUGGUCUAAACCAAAUAGGAACUGCUCUGCAAGACACGUCCAUACAAAAAAUUCCGCAGUCAAACUUAAGAGACGCAAAAAAGCUAAACAAAAUAAUGAUAGUUAUAUUUCAAAAUUUGUUGAAAAACUUUUCUGUUACAGGUGCAAAUUUUGUCCAUUCAUUAGUCUGCAGAAAUCUGCAGUAAGUUUACACAUUGAAAAGGAACAUGCGGCCAAUGUGGAAGCUUCAAGUGGUCCCAUGCAGUUAAAAUGUGUCAUCUGUCAGCGCAUAUAUGAAGGUGUGGCUCCUCUCAAAGAGCACUUGCUUAGUGUCCAUAAACUGACUGAUGAAAAAGCCAAAGAACUCGCAACUAGUUCACUCUUCAGGAAUAAGAAUUUAGUAAUAAAUCACGUUGCAGAGAAAGAGACCGCCGUUGUAGACAAGAGCGUUAAAAAUGAUUCUUCAGAGAUCAAUACCAAUGUUGCUGAGAAUAAUGAAAAACCAAAAGAUAAAACAUUCAUGGAGAAAAGUAGAAUAAGAGUAAAAAAUUUGGAGAGUGAGAAGGUUUCAUUUUCAGAGGUGUCACCUUCAGUGAAAGAGAAGGAUAGUGCAGAACAAGAAGUAGCAAGCUUUAAUGGUCAUGGAAAUGACUGUACCAGCUCACCUAUUUUAGACCAGACUGCUGCAGAUUUGACAGAUAUGGCUCAACAGAAUGAAGGCACUCAUAAAGUUAAUUCCUACAACUAUAAGCCUGCGUGGCUGCAGUGUCGUGUUUUGGUGAAAGAGGAUGGAGCCAUAGAAGCGGCAGAUGAAAAACUAAAAAUUGCUAGAAAACGUGGCAGACCAAAAGGAUCCAGAAAUCAAUUAACCUCUGGUAGUAGCAGAAAGAAAGCUUCAACAAAUUCAACAAAUGAGAAGGAGACUGGCUUCAGUUGUAACAUAGACAACUGUGCCGUCCGUAUGCGCUCUCUAGAAAACAUUGAGUAUCACAGACGAUGCCAUAAUGGUGCCCAGUACUCUUGUCCAGAAUGCAGCCAUGUUCACUGCCAUUGGAAUGGAAUGAGCACACACUUAUGGCGGACACAUGUAAUAAAUAUGGAGCUAUUUUCUUGUGAUCAGUGCUCUUAUAAAACAACAAGUUACAGCAAGCUGAUCAACAUGCAUAAACGAAUCCAUGGCAGUGAGCGACCUUUCCUCUGUGAUACGUGUGGCAAGGGCUUCAAGAAUACAAAACAGUUACGAAAUCACAGGAGCAUCCACUAUGCAAGUUCCAAAUCAAGGCAAGAGCAUGAAGGAGAAUGUGAUGUAUGUGGUCGAACUUUUUCCACUUUGCGCAAACUGCGACUGCACAAGGAUAACGUCCACCAUAAGGUCCGUCGACACCUGUGCAGUAACUGUGGCUACUGCGCGUCCUCCAUCAGCUCCCUGAAAAUGCACAUGAGGCAACAUACAGGUGAAAAGCCAUUCAAAUGCAAUGAAUGCGACUACCAGACCUCCGACCACAAUUCCCUCCGGCGUCACAAAAUGCGCCACAGUGGAGCCAAGCCUUACAAGUGCCCUCACUGUACUUACGCUUGCAUUCAGUCCAGUACAUACAAGGCACAUAUAAAAACCAAACAUCCAGGUCUAGAUAAUGGCUUGAUGUUUAGCUGCAACGAAUGUAAUUUUCAUACAGUGAAAGAAGAUAAUUACUUGGCACAUUUGGGAGAGCACAAACUGGGCACAUUUCCUGCCAACAAGAAGUUGAAGAAAUUGCAGGAGGAGGAUAGUGGAGGAUUUAAUUUCGAUAUGCCAUUUGAAUCAGAUUACGUUGCACACCUAGUUGAGCCCUUACUUGUGGACAGCAAUGGGAUGCGGCAACGUCUUCCAGAACUAAGUGUUCAUGCUGCAGAGACUAUUUCAGAUAUUCAGUUUCACCCAGGACGGGAAAAUGAACAAAUCAUGGGGGACUUCCAAGAACCUCGAGAGCUGAAGUUUAGUGUAUUGCAACAAGCAGCCCCCUGAAGAUACCAGCUAACAUCAUAUUCCUGACUUGACAACUAAAGGAUGCUAACAGUAAACUGUUCAGUAUGCCACUUAAUUCACUGUUACUUUUCACUGAUCCUGUCCUACGCAGUGAAUAGAAGAGCAAAUUCCUUAUCCUUUGACUUGCAUUUUUUGAACUAGUCUUUAGAGUCCUCUUGCUUCUGUUGUUUUUCUUGUUGUUGUUAUUACAAGACAUUAUUGUAUGCAUAAAAAUGUUUAAGUCACACAUAUGAUAGAGAUAUAAAGAAGUUGACACCGAGUCUCCACAGAACGUAAGAUUUAUUUUUUGUGAUCAAGAAUUAAAAAUGUCAAUGGAAAAAAGUAGUCUGUACUGAGUAACAAGAGGGAGAAAUAUAAUAAUAAUUAUUAUUAUUAUUAUGGUGCUCAGCUGGACAGAGAAAUGUAAGGUAAUUUGUGUGAACUAUGUCACUUGGGCAUCUGGAUAUUGAAAAUGAUGCACAAAGUUUAUAACAAUGCAUAUAAGACAAUGGACAGCACCAUAUGACAUAAAGAUGUGAGAAGCUGUCUAUGUAGAAGAUCCUUUACACUUAAUUCUCUGGGGAAAUUAUUCCUCUUUAGCAUCUCUCUUGUCGCGUAUGUUGAAUGGUUCACAUUUCAUUAUCUUUUCACAAAUUUUGUAUAGCUUGUUUUUGUUAUUUCUUGCACAAAGAAGGAGAUCUUUGGCUACAAAUCCCAGAUUCAGUGUCAGCUUUCAUAAUCACAGUGUAAACCAAUCUACAAUUUACUUUUCAGGUACACUGUUUCCAUUGCUAAAAAUUCUGCAACAUGCUUUGCAGUGGGUAAUAUUCACCUCUAAAUCCAUUUUUUGUGCCUGUCCUUUGAAAUCCUGUUUCCUUUGCUCUGUAAACAAAUACUUACUUUGUUCAUAUUUUGCAACAAAGAAUAUGAUUGCUAGAUGUUCUGCAACUUGGAUUCAUUGUUGGGUAUUACCCAUGGAGUAUUUGCAUUUGAAACAAGUCCCUGUAUAUUAAUGUUACAUUAUUUGUCCGACUAUAAGAUGGUUUCUAUUUUUUUUCCAUAAGAAGCUAAUUGCAAGGAUCUUCUCUAAAGACUUGGAAAUGUUGGGUACAGAAUCUAAACUUGCAUUAAAAAUAUACAAUAUUUUGAAAUAGCUACCUAAUUUAUUUAAUUUGCUAUUUCUCAUAAUAUAUUUUUUGCGGCCAAUAUGAUCUUCUGUUAAAGUACAUAAUUGUACAAGUUAUGUAAGUAUGGUAAAUGUUGUUACAUUCAUUUUUCAAUUCAGUGUUUUUCAUAUGAGACUGACAUUUAUUUUAAGGGGUUUAAUAUUACAUUAUUUUUAUGGGUUGUAAUUAAAAUAUAAUUUUUUAUUCUUCA